UUGCUAGUUUUAGCUGGUCUACCAAGCUUGGGCUCAACUGUUUGGGCCAGCUUAAAGUCAUAAGAACUAGACUGGGAGACCAAGCAAAUAUGCUUGGGUCAGUUUAUGCUAAAUUUUUGUUUCAUUAGGGUUUUAUAUGAUUUUGAAUGAUUCUUGCAUCGUGUAGCGGAGGUUAAUUUAAAUGUCUUUGUCUGGCUUGAUCGGGUAGAGCGUCUCGCUGCCGUAUCCUUGGCAACGGCUCGUGAUUCGCGGAUUAUCCUGAAGCAAGUUCAGAAAAAUUAAUUAGGUUUUUUUUUGUAUAUAUAUGAAAUAUAUAUAGGAAUAGCGUUUCAUUUAAAUAACACAAACCUGGCCUCACCAUGCUUUAGUUCGCCCAAAAUGAGGCAGAAUGCACCAAGUCACCGUUUACUUUCAGUGUAUGUCAAGAAAAUUAAAUGAAAGUGAAUGGUGACCGAGUCUUUUUCCGUGAGACACACGUCAUACAGGUUUGGAACUACGUCAGGGUGGCAAUUGUUUUUGGAGUGAACUGUACCUUUAAGUCCCUUUAAAACAUCUCUUAACAAAGUCGUCAAAGAUGUACGUUCAGCCGUGACCUUGGAUAUUCAAAUCGUCCGACCUCAAUUUGUAAAAUAAAAAAGCAGGACAACAAAAUCCUUUUUCCAGCUCCUAUUAUGCUCUUCCCUCGUCUGACAGAAAGGGAUUGUGAGGGAACUUUCUCCCGUAUGUCUCCCGGUAUAACCUCACAUUCCUCGAACUUGAGCGGGAAAAGGGCAAUUCGACCACCGCCGCUCUCGCUACUAGUUAAACCGGUGACCAGCCGAAGAGCACUAACUAGUUGUGUCGGGAAACUAUGGGAUGGAUUGCCAUGGCAACCGACCAGACGUCACAAUCUGGGCAUGUGUGUUCCAUUUUUGUCUCUUUCUUAUUUUCAGACUGGAGGAUUUGGAUAGAGAAGAGGGAGAAAGGGAAAGAUUUUUUUUUUUUUAAACUGGGCAGCCAUCUUUUAUUUUAUUGAGAGCAUAUUAAAAGAAAAUUAGCCUCACCUUCAUUGGACGUCUCUUCUGAAGCUGAAAAUCUGAGCAUUCAGAGGGUUAAGUUUCAGGACUUUAUUCCUGUAUCUCGGAUGUGAUUUUCUUGUUAUGCGGUAAAGAUGCCCGGAUCGCUAAGCAAUGAAGAUGAGGGGCAAGACGAUAUGGAUUUUGAGGACGACGUGCCAGAUGAGGAUGAGGAAGGUGAACGUCGGAGGAGUGUUCCCCUGUCACACUUAGAGAGGUUCUUCUCUGAGGAUGAUUCGGUUAAACAACAUAAGAAGAAGAAACCCAGCAAGAUAAUGGAGGGAAAGGAGCCCAAAGUUAAGAAAAAGAAGAAGAAGGAGGGGAUUCCAAGUGGGCUAGAUGAUAUGUCAGACAGAGAGGAUCAUGGUCACAGGUCAGGAAGUGAGAGCAGCACCUACAGCUCCCUGAAGAAGAAAAAGAAAAAGCCCAAAGAGAAGAAGGAGAGGAAAACAAAACAGAGAAAGAAAGAUGAUGAUGAGGACGACGAUGAGGACGAUGAUGGAAACUUAAAGGAGCCAAAGUCAUCCAGUCAGCUGAUGCAAGAGUGGGGUCUUGAAGAUGUGCUGUAUGCCUUCUCAGAGGACGACUAUAAAACCAUCACCAACUACAAAGCCUUCAGCCAGUUUCUUAGGCCCCUCAUUGCCAAGAAGAACCCCAAGAUCCCCAUGUCAAAAAUGAUGACGGUGCUUGGAGCAAAGUGGAGAGAGUUCAGUGCGAACAACCCUUUCAAAGGCACCUCUGCAACUGCUGUAGCGGCUGCCGUAGCUGCUGCUGUGGAAACUGUCAAUGUGGCUCCGCCCAUCUGUAUUAGAAGUAUCCAACAGAUCUCACCAUCUGGCCCAAUCAAAAAAGCCAAAACCAAAGAGGGAAAGGGGCCUGGUGCUAAAAAAAAAAGUAAGCCAGUGAAAGAAACAAAAAAGAAAGGGAAACCGAAGAAGUCCAAAUCAAAAGCAGGCCAGGGUGGAAAAAGGAAAAAAGGCUCUUCGAGCGAGGAGGAUUUCUUGGAUGACUUUUCAGACUUUGAUGACAUCAGCAUUCACAGUGCCUCUGUACGCUCAGACACUUCAGCGGCACCCAAAAAGAAGUCAGCCCGCCGAGGACGAAAAAAAAGAAAAAGUUUCUCUUUAAACUCCAUGGUUAAUGUAGGAGAGGAUGGAGACGGCUACGAGACAGACCAUCAAGAUUACUGUGAGGUUUGUCAGCAGGGAGGAGAGAUCAUUCUAUGUGACACCUGUCCCAGAGCAUAUCACCUGGUGUGUCUGGAUCCAGAACUGGAGAAAGCCCCUGAAGGCAAAUGGAGCUGCCCCCACUGCGAAAAAGAAGGCAUUCAGUGGGAGGCCAAAGACGACGAGGAGGAGGAAGACGAGGUUGCUGGUGAGGAGGAAGAUGACCACAUGGAGUUCUGCAGAGUGUGUAAGGAUGGAGGAGAGCUGCUGUGCUGUGAUACCUGCCCUUCCUCCUACCACAUCCACUGUCUCAACCCACCACUUCCUGAAAUUCCCAAUGGAGAAUGGCUGUGUCCACGAUGCAUGGUGAGAAACGUCUGCAUAGUGUCCCCACUAAAAGGGAAGGUCCAGAAGAUUCUGCACUGGGCGUGGAGCGAUCCUCCUCUACCACCUGAGGUUCCUCUUGGGCGAGAUGGAGAGAAGGUAGACGGUUUGGCCAAAAUACCGCUGAAGGGUCGUCCAGAGAGGCAGCUGUUUGUGAAAUGGGCUGGGCUGUCCUACUGGCACUGCUCCUGGGUCAGCGAACUACAGUUGGAGCUAUAUCACACAGUAAUGUACCGUAACUACCAACGGAAGAACGACAUGGACGAACCACCACCAUACGACUAUGGCUCUGGGGAGGAGGAACUUAACAGCGAGAAGAGGAGGAGCAAAGACCCUCAGUAUGCAGCCAUGGAGGAACGAUUCUACCGUUACGGCAUCAAGCCGGAGUGGAUGAUCAUUCACCGGAUCCUCAACCACAGUUUUGAUAAGGAUGGAGAUGUACACUACCUGAUUAAGUGGAGAGAUUUGCCGUAUGAUCAGUGCACCUGGGAGGCUGAUGACUUUAACAUCCCAGAUUAUGACAGCUUUAAACAAGCCUACUGGGACCACAGGGAUCAGAUGCUCGGUGAAAGCCAUCACCCCCUGCUGUUCAGAAAGGGAAAGAGACUCAAAGAGGAAGUAAAGAGGAGAGAACCUCCACCAGAUACUCCAGUUGUGGAUCCUACCAUCAAGUUUGAACAGCAGCCGUGGUACAUUGAUGACACAGGGGGAACUUUGCACCCAUACCAACUGGAAGGCCUGAACUGGUUGCGAUUCUCUUGGGCCCAAGGAACCGACACAAUCUUGGCUGAUGAAAUGGGGCUUGGCAAGACUGUGCAGACAAUAGUGUUCCUGUACUCACUCUACAAAGAGGGUCACUCCAAAGGGCCGUUUCUGGUCAGUGCGCCACUCUCCACCAUCAUCAACUGGGAGAGAGAGUUUGAGAUGUGGGCUCCGGAUUUCUACGUUGUGACUUACACAGGGGACAAAGACAGCAGGGCUGUCAUACGUGAGAAUGAAUUUACCUUCGAGGACAGCACCGUCAAAUCAGGUCGCAAGGUUUUCCGCAUGAAGAAGGACGCACAGAUAAAGUUUCAUGUCCUGCUGACGUCAUAUGAACUGAUCACCAUUGAUCAGGCAGUACUUGGCUCCAUUACCUGGGCCUGUUUGGUUGUGGAUGAAGCCCACCGACUGAAAAAUAACCAGUCAAAGUUUUUCAGAAUUCUGAAUGGCUACAAAAUCUACUAUAAGCUGCUCCUGACUGGAACCCCUUUGCAGAACAAUCUGGAAGAGCUUUUUCACCUGCUCAACUUUCUCACCCCAGAGCGCUUCAAUAACCUGGAGGGCUUUCUGGAGGAGUUUGCGGACAUCUCGAAAGAGGACCAGAUUAAGAAACUACACGACCUGCUGGGGCCACACAUGCAGAGACUGAAGGCAGAUGUGUUUAAAAACAUGCCGGCAAAAACUGAGCUUAUAGUGCGAGUAGAGCUCAGCCCAAUGCAGAAGAAAUACUACAAGUUCAUUUUAACACGUAACUUUGAGGCAUUGAAUUCCAAGGGAGGAGGGAACCAGGUGUCUCUUCUUAACAUCAUGAUGGACUUGAAGAAAUGCUGCAACCAUCCCUACCUGUUUCCAGUGGCUGCAGUGGAAGCUCCGGUCUUGCCCAAUGGUUCUUAUGAUGGCAACCUCCUGGUGAAAUCCUCAGGAAAACUCACCCUGCUUCAGAAGAUGCUCAAAAAACUGAAAGAUGAAGGGCACAGGGUUCUCAUCUUCUCUCAGAUGACAAAGAUGCUAGAUCUGCUAGAGGACUUCCUGGAGUUUGAGGGGUAUAAAUACGAGCGUAUUGAUGGGGGCAUCACAGGGGGGCUGCGUCAGGAGGCCAUCGAUCGCUUUAACGCACCCGGGGCUCAGCAGUUCUGUUUUCUGCUGUCUACACGUGCUGGAGGUUUGGGUAUCAAUCUGGCAACCGCAGACACAGUGAUCAUAUAUGACUCUGACUGGAACCCACACAAUGAUAUUCAGGCAUUUAGCAGGGCACAUCGUAUCGGGCAAAAUAAAAAGGUGAUGAUCUAUCGCUUUGUAACUCGGGCAUCCGUAGAGGAGCGUAUUACCCAAGUAGCCAAGCGAAAGAUGAUGCUAACCCAUCUGGUGGUGCGUCCCGGCUUGGGCUCUAAGACGGGCUCCAUGUCCAAACAGGAACUAGACGACAUCCUCAAGUUUGGCACUGAGGAGCUUUUUAAAGAUGAUGUGGAAGCCGCCAGAACGAUGGGUGAGCUGAAGUGGUUUAAGAUAACACUUUGUGGAUUCCAGUAGUUCAUGUCCUAAAUCUCUUCAGCAGGAGAUAAUAAAGAAGGAGAGGAGGGCAGUGUGAUUCACUACGAUGAUAACGCCAUUUCCAAACUGCUGGACCGUAGCCAGGAUGCCACCGAGGACACAGAGAUCCAGAACAUGAACGAGUACCUGAGCUCAUUCAAGGUGGCUCAGUAUGUUGUGAGAGAGGAGGAUGGAGAGGAGGAGGUCCAGAGGGAGAUUAUUAAGCAGGAAGAGAAUGUUGAUCCAGACUACUGGGAGAAGCUCUUGAGGCACCAUUAUGAGCAGCAGCAGGAGGAUUUGGCCCGGAACCUGGGCAAAGGGAAACGCAUCCGCAAACAGGUCAACUAUAAUGACGCCUCUCAGGAGGACCAAGAGUGGCAGGAUGAUCUUUCAGAUAAUCAAUCUGAGUACUCCGUCGGGUCCGAGGAUGAAGAUGAAGAUUUUGAGGAACGUCCUGAAGGAGGACGCAGACAAUCUCGCAGACAGCUGAAGAGCGAUCGGGACAAACCAUUGCCACCGUUGCUGGCUAGAGUUAGUGGAAACAUAGAGGUUUUGGGAUUUAACGCCCGGCAGCGGAAAGCCUUCCUGAAUGCGAUUAUGCGCUGGGGUAUGCCCCCACAAGAUGCCUUCAACUCUCACUGGCUGGUCCGUGACCUGAGAGGAAAAAGUGAGAAGGAGUUCAGGGCUUAUGUAUCUCUGUUCAUGAGGCACCUGUGUGAGCCAGGGGCAGAUGGAGCAGAGACAUUUGCAGAUGGAGUCCCGAGGGAAGGCCUAUCCCGCCAACAUGUUCUCACCCGGAUCGGUGUCAUGUCUCUCGUCCGCAAGAAGGUUCAGGAGUUUGAGCAUGUGAAUGGGAAGUUUAGUACACCAGAUUUGAUUCCUGUGGGAUUGGAGCUGAAAAAACUUACUGAAAGUGUCUCAUCGGACCCCAAUACACCUGUUCCUGCAAGUCCGGUUCCAACUCAACCCAGCACACCUGUUCCUUCAGAAAAGACAGAGUCAGUGUCCGGUUCUCAAGAAGACAAGGAGAUUACAGAACCAGAGAGUACCAAAUCGCUGGACCCUGAGCAGCCAGUAAUGCCAGAACCCUCCACUGCACCAGAGAAAACCAAUGAGGGAGAAGAACCAAAAAGCGGAAGUCCAGAUGCAAAAGGAAUGGAAGAGAGCGAGAAUAAUGACACCCCUCUUGUCCAUUCAGAGCCAUCAUCCAAUCAAGCACAGCCACCCAAUAAACCUAGUGAGCAGUCAGCCAAUCAGACACCUUUAGACUGUGGUAAAGGGAAAGAAACUUCUCCGGAGAGAGGGGAAAAUAAACCCAGCCCAGCAAAAAUAGAUGAUAAGGAGCAAAAACCAGUUUCUACAGCCAUUCCUGAUGAUUUCAAAACUGAAGACCCCCCUGAGAGCCAUCUGAAUGGAGAGAAAGACACGAGGGAUGACGUGGAUGAGAGCCACAGAGAUGACAAGAACAGCAUCAAGACUCGUUUCAUGUUUAACAUCGCAGAUGGAGGAUUCACAGAAUUACACACGCUGUGGCAGAAUGAGGAACGCGCAGCUGUGUCAUCUGGCAAAAUGUACGACAUCUGGCACCGUCGCCAUGACUACUGGCUGCUAGCUGGCAUCGUAACACAUGGCUAUGCCCGCUGGCAGGACAUUCAGAACGACCCACGGUACGCCAUCCUCAAUGAGCCUUUCAAGACUGAAAUGCACAAAGGGAACUACUUAGAAAUGAAGAAUAAAUUUCUUGCCAGACGUUUUAAGCUCCUGGAACAGGCUUUGGUAAUUGAGGAACAGCUUCGGCGCGCAGCAUACCUGAAUAUGACUCAGGAUCCCAGUCACCCCGCCAUGGCCCUCAACACACGUUUCUCAGAGGUGGAGUGCUUGGCUGAGUCCCAUCAACACCUCUCCAAAGAGUCACUGGCUGGUAACAAGCCCGCCAAUGCUGUGCUGCACAAAGUGUUGAAUCAGCUGGAGGAGCUGUUAAGCGAUAUGAAGGCUGAUGUGACGCGGUUGCCCUCCAUGCUUUCGCGGGUCCCACCCGUGUCCGCCCGGCUCCAGAUGUCAGAGCGAGGCAUCCUCAGCAGACUCACCAGCCGGGGCAACGAGCCGCCACCUCAGCAGCCUUUCCCUCAGGGCUCUUUCAGCUGUUCUCAGAUGUAUAAUAGCGGUUUCGCCGGAGGGUUCCGUGGACCUGGAGGCACUGCGAUGGUGAACUACAGUCAGAUGCCCCUGGGGCCGUACGUCAGCGUGUCCUCAAACGGUCCUCCAGCCCCAGCCAGCCUCCUGGAGAAGAAGUCCAGUGAUGCUCUGCGAGAUGUGGCCACCCCUGAUUUAAAAUCAGGCAAACCUAGCGAUGUUAUAUGCAUUGAGGACUAGCACGCAGCCGUUCCGUCCUCUUUCUGUACAAUACCUACAGACAAAACCAUGGAGAACUCCUCCAAACUAUGAAUAUUAAACAGCAAACCUUAUCAGUUGCACUUUUGUCUUUCAGAAUCUGUACUUGUACGCGCCUGUAAGUUUUAUUCAGUAGAGUUCAGUUUCUCUUUCAUUCUUUUUUAACUUCUGCGAUAUGAAAGUCUUGAUCGAUUAAGGAGAGACUAAGGACGCUUAUGAAGAGGGCACCAUAGUUCUGACAGUCCUCUGAGUGUUUUUUUUUUUUUUUUAAUUAGAAUAAUUAUUUUUACAUCAUGGCUUGUUUUUCUUGAUGGCCAUGAAGGACAUUUUCAUCUCUGCUAAUGUUGAGCCAUCUGGAGGUGCUACUAGUUAGUUCCUGGCCAGUUCAAGGACCGGACGUCCCACCUCUACAGCCUGUGCUUUGCUCCUGGCUCUGCUCAUGGAUUGCGUAUUGUUGCUGCCUCUGCAGGUUAUUGCUGUGUAGUGCAUCUAAACACAGAAUAGUGCAAUGACUGUCAUUUUCUCUGGAAAACAUCAGAUGAUUUUACAGUAUGUCACCACUAAUGUUUGCUUUUUGAAUUGUGCUGGAUUGUUUUUUAGUUUACAUUCCCCUUUAAAAAGAAAAGGAGUGUUGACCAUGUUGGUUAAAAGGUGCUCUCAGUAUAAUUUUUUUAAUUUUGAAAAAAGUUUUGAAACUCAUUUAAAACAGUGUACACUUAAAAUUAUCAGUAGCCUAAGGAAAAGCUUAUUUACAUAGAGUGGGGCUGCCUCGUGUUAGAUCACAUGACCCACUAAAUAAUACUUACUAAACAAAAAUUACAGAUUGCACCUUUAAAGGAUAGAGCAGUAUUAAAUCAAUGGCAAAUGGAAUGUUUCAUGAACUAUGAGCUGAUACUUUGAAAAUCUUGAAAAAAGUAAACACAACUUAAAUGGAAUGUUUCAUUUGCAACGUGAACUCUAUUCACAUCAUCUGGCAAGCUGUUGAAUACCGCAAAAAUAAUUUUGAUAUGUCCCUUGGUUUGUAAAAAAAAACAAAACAAAAUGCAUUUACAGUAGUUAAUUUGCAAUUGAAAUAUAUGGGGUAACUGUACAGACUUAACAUGGAGCAAACUCUGCCCGUAAUUUUAUAAGCCUGGAAUCUUUGGUAACAUAUCGCAGUCUCACAAUUCUGUAUAUUCAGUUGUUUUAUAUAAAUUCAAUUUAAUUUAAUUUCAUUUUAACUUUUUAAAUGUUUACAUUUUGCUGAAUAAGUCAUGUAGGUGCUUCAACAUAAUACAAGUUUCACAUUUCUGGUACAAUGCAUUUUUGUAAAGACAUUUUGUUUGAUUUUACAAAGUGAGGGACAAGCCAAAAUUGUAUUCUAUUAUUCUAUUAUUAUUAUAUUAUAUUCAUACAAUCAGCAGCAUGUCUGGAAUUUUUCUGUUUUUAAUUUCUGGAAUUCCACUACACAGGGAUAUUUGUGCAUUGUUUUUACCAUGUUCCUGAAUUCCUCACAUUCUGAUGCUUACAAUUUGUAAACUUAAUUCUCUACAUUUUGUAUUAUUAUUAUCACAUCCUUUUAUUGUCAGAUGCAUUUUGCUUGACAUUUUGUGAAUUGCUGAAAACUUGGACCCUAAGUGCGUCGGUUUUACUAAGCCAAGCUUAUGGAUAGUAUUGACAUGAUAGUUCUGGUGCCAUAAGUGGUGUGGAUAUGGAUUGUUUUUGUUUCAAUUUGAAAUAAUAUGCCUUGUGUAACUGUGUUUUUAAGCAGCGCACUUUAUAUGGAGAUCAGAUGUGACCAUAGAGACGGCAUCUCCUAUGGGCCAUUUCAAACACAGUAGAAACCUAACUUGUAUACUCAGUUUCAGUCUGUGGUAUAAGUCAUGUUAAUUAAUGUAGAUUAAGUAUUUUGUUUGUUUUCUGCAUCUCAGCAUCAGUGUAAAUGGCUCUAAAUUCUCAUGGCUGACCGUAAACGUGAUCAUAGCUUCUUUUGCAGUAGUUUUAACUUAAGGGGUUCAAGAUGAUGAUCAUUUUUGUGUAAACUAUGAAUGUGGAAAAAAAAAAAAAAAUGCAGUUAGAGGUUCACACACACACUUGCGCUAGAAAAAAAAAACUCAGAUGAUUUCAGUGAAACACAAAGACAGCCUCAAGAGUCAAGGGACCUUAAAUCCAAGAUUAUAAAGAGAGAGCCAGCAGCAUAAAAUGUGUUGUGAAAUUAAGUUUUGUUUUAAUCCUGUGUGAUGAGUUUACACCAUUUCAUUUGUACUUUUUAUCACAGUAUUGAUAUUGACAUUAAGCUCCAUUUAAUUGCAGUCAAACUGAAGCCAAAAUGAAUGUAUGAAGUAUUUAAAAAGCUUCAGUCUAAUAUUAGAAGUCUUUUCAUUCAAGUACACACUAGGCUUCAAAAGCUACCAAAAGACCCUGGUCAAGACACCUUUGUUGCAAUGAACGCACAGCAUGUGAGAUGUCUUCAGAUUACUUUGGACCAGAGGGAUCUUUGUCUUGGUUUCUAAACAGCUGUGAGAAAAACAGUAAACGGUAUUGUUAUUCUGCAGAGAUAAGAAUAUGGAAAAAAGAUAGGUGAACUACCAUCAUUUCACUUUGUACUCAGUGUAUUUGUUUAAUGUUUUAAUAAAUCCUCUC